AUGAUCCCCCCGACCGAGCACCUGCAGCAGGCCCUGCAAACGGUCCUCCACGCCAGCGUUGCCUUCACCAGUCCAGACCCCUCCACACGUGCACACGGCGAGGCCAUCUUCCUCCAAGUCCGCAGCGCCGACAAUGCGCUCGACUAUGCCGUGUUUUUUAUUGGUGUGUCUUCCUCCUUCUCCUUCUCCUUCUCCUUCUCCUUCUCCUCUUCCUCCCUCUCAUUCCCCUUCUCCGCGCUGCACGCAGAGCAUAGCCAAGAUGCAUUCACCACGUUUCAGUCCUUCAACAUGGUCCUCCACGCCCUUCCGCACCUCACGCCUAACCGGCAGCCGCACCUGGCGCAGAACGGUCGAAGCACGCCAGCCGCUCCGCUGUCCGAGUACAUCCCCAGCUUUGCUGCCCUGCGCGACUUUCUCACCCACAUCACCGUGCAGCGCUCCCACGCCGUCGACGUCGACGCGUACCGCGCAUCUGCGACUGCUAGUAGCAACAGCAGCAACGCAGGCAGUGCGGCAGGCCCACUCGCCAAGCAGUGGCCGGCGUACGUCCGUGCACGCGCGCUGCAGACCGUAGCGGCCGUCAGCAAAAAGGCGCUUGCGGAGGAGAUCGAUGUGGUGUCCUCCUCAUCGCACCCGGCAACGACAGCAGACACAGAGAGCGAUCAUCAGCUGCACGCCGUCGCAGCGCGGCACCUGCAGCCUGCGCAGAACCUCCUGCACCGCCUCCUACUCUCCCCCUAUGCGAGUGACGGUAACAGCCAAGACAGCGAGGCAGCCUUCUGGGCCGACCGGCACGUCGGUGCGGCCCUGCUCCGCGCGCUGCUCGAGGAGUUCGGCUUGACGCAUGUGCAUCUCGGCGAUCGCGGGGCGGGUGAUGACGACGGCGACAGUGGUGGCGAUGGGUGGCACGAUAGUGAUCGAAGCAGUAGAGGCCAAGGGAGAGAGGCCGCAGCCGAACAUAGCUCCUCGGCGCACACCGGCCUGACCGCCGUGCAGCACUUGCUUUGCAAGGCCGCCUUCCAGCGCGGCGUGUAUCGGAAUGCACUCUCGCUCAUUCUGCACAACGUCAAGCAGCUCGUCGACAUACAUGAGCAUCGCAGUGGCGGCAGUGCGCAUCAUAGCGACGGGCAAACCGGCGCUGCCGCCGACGCAAGGAGUCAAACCGUGUUUAGCGCCUGCCUCGCCACGCUCGAAGGCCUGCUCGGCUGGUCCUUCCUGCGCUCCGAUUCGCUGGCGCGCAUCAUUGCGUCGUCCUCUGACGGCACCGCUGGCAGCUCGCUGCCAGUAGAUGCACUACAGCAACAGCAACAGCAGGAGCUGCUUGACACGCUCCUGUCGCCCGACUUGCUACUCCUCGUCGCUGCUGCAUACAGGCACGCAGCUGCGCUAGAUUCGCGCCAGCCAACCAGCGUGAAUUCCAUCGCGUUGCACCGCGCGAGGCAGUGUCUCCUCCUUGCAUUUUCCCUUGCCGACAACCUGCCCUUCCUUUCCUCUGCUUCUUCGUCCCAUCAUCACCAUCAUCAUCACUCUUCGCGCCAACCGCAUGAUCAGGAGCAGCAGUACGACGUGCGUCGCCGCAUGCUCCAGUGCCGCCUAGAAACGCAGCUGUACCUGCUCAAGGCGCUCAUCCGCGAGCAUGCGCCGCGCGGCACGCUCGUCGCGCACGGCAACGGCCUGCUCUUUCUCGCGCAGCUCGCGCGGCGGACUUUUGCCUCGCCCACCAACGGCGCAUCCGCCCUCUGCUCCGUCCUCCAUCUGCAAGGGCCAGCACCGGCGCCAGAAGGAACAGCAUCGCAACAGCAGCAGCUGCUGGACCUGCUCGAUGCGCUCGCCCAGCUCAACCACGCUGUUUUCUCCUUUGCGUUCGAGCGCAGCCGCCAGACACAGGAGGAGGAUGACCUGCAGGCCCUGGCGGAGGAUGCGACGGACGCGCUGCUCGGCUGCUGGCACACCCUCGUUGGGUCCAUACGCGGCCAAUUAGCGCUCUCCGGCAUUGGCGUGGACGCACAAGCGCUGCAUACACUGUGGGCUGCUGUGCAAGUGGGCCUACAGGACGAGCUGGUGCAGCCGUACAUCCGCGGGCGCCUCGCCGCCGCGCGUAUCAGCGUCGAAGACCACGACGACGACCUGUUUUCUGAGCAGGGCGACGAGGCGCAGAAGGACCGUGAGCUUUAUUCAGACCAGCUGAUCAGCAUCGGCCUGCUGGCGCGCAUCAACGCCGCGCAGAGCGUGCGCCUGCUGCGCGACGAGUUGCGCCUGCGUCUUUCGGCUGCCGUCGGGCAGGGCGACGCCGCGCGUGCACAGACUGCGAGCGCGGAGGCAGAGGCAGCGGCGCUGUGGGAGCAGAUCCACUGGCUGCUGCUUAUCGCCGGGCACGUCGUCGCAGAUAGCAACAGCGGCGAGACGCCCACGCCGCCGAUCGAGCUCACGUCCCUCGCCAAUGCUGCCAGCGCGGAUGCAGACGAGGCGCUGCUCCUAGAGGGCUUCCUGGGCGAUGUUGGCAUCGAGAACUUUUCGCGCUUUGCACAUAUGCCCGUUCAAGUCAUUAGCCCGCAGGUGAUGGAGACAUACGUCUGGUUCAUUGGGCGCUGGGCCACUUCCUACGUCCUCUCCUCCGAUGGGCCAUUUUCCGCUUCCCACAGUGCCGGCAGUGUGAGCCGCAGUGAAACAGGCGUGAUGGCACUCAACAGCGUUACCUCGGCCUUGGCACGUGUCUUGGAGACGUGGACAGCCGAAGCCGAUGUCGUCAAAGAAGUCGCAGCGACGCUCAAGGGAUUCCAGUUGUCCGAGACCAUCCCUUCCAUCCUCAUCGAGCAACAGGAGCUGCGCGCGCUACUCACCGCUGCCAUCAACGCCAUGCCGGUGCUCCCCGCAGGUACGCACGGCGACCUGCUCGCGGCGCUCGUCGGGCUGCUCUUCGUCGCGCAGGCGCAGGCGCAAGCGACGGCCGAGAGCUACUUCGGCCAAGUCACAUCGUACAUUCACGGUCGCUUCGAGGCGCUAGUCCAAGGCGGGUCCGAACUGAGCCAGCUUGCGCGCAACGCCCAGAGCGCAGAGACAAUCGUCGAGGUGCAGAAACUGCUCGAUAUGCUCGAAGGCCUCGCGCGCGCGAUCCAGCCGCGCUCCUCGCGCGUUAUCUUUGCGUUCCAAGCGCAGUUCUUCCAUGCGCUCAACCAGCUCUGCAGAACGUAUGCCGGCCGCGCCGACAUCGUUCUGCUUGUUCUACGCAUCUACGACAGCCUCGCGAGCGCGCUGGACUUUUCCUUCGACCCGGCCGACGACACUCUGAUCAGCAGACAGUUCAACGAGGCGCUUUGGCACUAUUUGGAUAUUCUGCGAGCCGAUCGCGAAACGCUCGGCCUCCUCGGUAGAGGCUCAGUCGAGGCGGAUGAGCCUUUCGAGGGUCUCAGGCGCGGACUCGACCUGCUGCCUAUCUUAGCAGCCUCGGUCUUGCAGCAGGAUCAGCAGGAUCAGCAAGAGCCAGCGCUAAUUCCAGCACCAGAAGUCGCACUAGCCGGGCCGAGCUUGUCGCCUGAACGGUCCGAGGAUUUAUGUCUGUUUGCAUUCGUAUCACUCGCGCCCCUCGUCUCGGACGAUGCUCUCAAGACGCCAUCGCUCGCAUUCAGCUUCUCUGCAGCAUGUGCUGAUGUGACGCGCGCGUGCGCCAAGCGCAUCGUUUCGCUCACCGCAUCGCCUGCAUCGGCCACAUCAGCUGCGGAUCUCCUCGGCAGCGUUGCAGCUGCACUGUGCAAGGCACUGAAGGCCGAUACGGCAGAGGCUGUCUUAAAUGCGCUGACGAGCGCUAAGGCGCUUGCGAGCGCCACUGCUCAGCUCACACCAUCCGCCUCCUCGGCAGUGACUGCAAUGCAGGCGCCCAUGCAGCAUAUCCUCUUCGAGCUACUCAAGACGCUAUUGUUCGAACCUGUCAGCACAUCCCUGCUCGACGAGUUCAUCCUGACCGUCCAGUCGCAGCUCAUCGCGCUCUCCAGACCUCAGUUUGGCGGCGAAGAAGCGCUGUCGGCUGCAUUGCAUCAAUUCUGCACCGACGUGACAGUUUCCACAUCUGUGGUGGGCACAGGCGAAGCAGCCGUGCAAGCUGUCCAGGCUUUUUUUGUUGCCUCACAACAGCACCGGCCACAACAGGUUGUCAAUGGCAAUGGACACGUUGAUGGGCACGCCCUCGGGCAUAGGAGUCUUAACAUCCGAGCUCGUGCGCGUAUGCAAGCUCUAGCUGACCGUGCGGCUGCCACGGCCUUCUGCCAGGCAGCGAGAUCUGCCGUUCUCAAGGCGAGAGCGGGGAUCCGCGUCCGAUGA